UAACCUUUCCGGCGGUGACGACCUACCCACACGAGAACAUGCCUCUCGUAAAGGGUCUCCUUCAUCCGUCUCCAGAAGAGGAGAAGAGGAAACACAAGAAGAAACGCCUGGUGCAGAGCCCCAAUUCCUGCUUCAUGGAUGUGAAAUGCCCAGGAUGCUAUAAAAUCACCACGGUCUUUAGCCAUGCACAAAUGGUAGUUUUGUGUGUUGGCUGCUCCACUGUCCUCUGCCAGCCUACAGGAGGAAAAGCAAGGCUUACAGAAGGAUGUUCCUUCAGGAGGAAGCAGCACUAAAAGCACUCUGAAUCAAGAUGAGUGGGAAACCAUCUCAAUAAACACAUUUUGGAUUAAAAAAAAAAUUAAAACAAUUAGCCAGGCAUGGUGGCAUG